AACUAAAUCCUAUAAAAACAUAAAGAAAAUAUUAAAUUGAUUCAACUUUCGCACUUAUCAUUACGUUAUCAAUCAAUAUUUAACAAACUCUGGGACUGAACUGUCAAAAACAAUGGUAUAAUCCGACUUAAUGGAGUGUUAUCUCUAAUUUUUUUUAAGGCUAAAUUUUUUGUUUAGAAUUUUUGCGAUUAUUUGUUUUCCUUGAUAAAGACAUCUGGUAAUAAUAUUAAUUCCUUUUGCUAUCCUUCAAUGUAUAAUUUAGUACCUUUUGUCUUCUAGUCGACAUCUUUAAUUUGGUCGGUUAGUAAAGCGCUUUUAGUUCAGCGCCAUUUUGUCGACAUAUUGCUGGAUGAUGCAAACGCAAACGCUUAUUUCGUGUUUAGGUUGAUGAUAAUAUAUAUAUAAAUAAAUACAUAUAAUAUAUACAUAAAUAAGUUAAUAAUAAUACUUUAAUGAAACAGUAUAUUUUUAAGUGGUGAUACAAUAGAAGACACUUCAAGUGCAAAUGAGUGCUCCAGUAAUUGAAUAUAUUGAAACUAAUGAUGAUACUGAGUAUGUACAGCCACCAAAACAAAUGGAAAUUACUGAGACGGAGGUGCAUGACAGUGGUGAAGAGGGUCUCGAGCACUGGGAACACUCCUCUAUCAACCUUAUGCUUAAUCUUUACAUACAAAAUCUUGAUAAGUUCCGAACACCCAAAAUUAAGAAGAGAAAUAUCUGGGUUGACAUCGGCAAUGCUGUUGGAAAAUCACCAGAUGCUUGUGACAAAAAAUUUCGAAAUCUUAAACAAACAUACAUAAGACUUUUGAAGAAGAAAAGUAAAAAUCAGGUUUCUGAAGUUAAAUGGCAGUAUUUCGAUUUUUUCGAAGAAAUAUAUAGUGUCAAUGGUGAGUUGCAACAGGAUAUACAGCAGAAAAUACAGGACGCAAGUACAGAGACUGUUGCCAAAGUAUUAUUGUCUAUGAAUAAUCCUGUGGCAUAUGAACCCGAUGUUAAAGAAAACGGAGAAUCUUCCUCUAAGCUAAGUGAAGAAGCUAAACAGAAAUUGAAUAAAAAAAGAUAUUUGGAAUUCCGUAAAGUCACUUUGGAAAUGAGGGAACGACAAAGGAUUGUGGAAGAGAAGUUAGAUAAGUUAAUUAAUAUAGUAGAAGAGUCUAACAGUAUACAGAGAGAAAGGAACAGGCUGUUUGAACAGUUUCUUGAUAAGCUCAAUAAUCCAUCAUGAGACUAAUUAAUAACUAUAGUAAUUAAAUUUUUUAUUGAAUCAAUAUAAAUUUGAAUGUUAUGUGAGGUAUGAUAAUAAAUAAAAUAAAUCUUGAUAUAUUAAUUGUGA